CUCAUUUCACACCUUACUUGUGCAAGACAAGCGUUCUCACGUGUCUCGCCUCGGUUAUUGCCCCCUCUGGGAUGACUCUCACCCAGUAGAGUCGCAUUAUGGCCCUGUGCCUGUCCAGUUAUUCUGCGUUGCUUCGCCGGAAGGUGUUGGUCUCCCCUCAUGUGGAGAGGGCUGGAUUGAUGGAAGUGUCGUUGAAGGCCACUGGUCGUCGUCCGGCCGGUGCUCGUCACUUUUCCAAAACUUGGAAACAGUCCCAGGAUUAUAAUCAGAAAGAAAACCCGUCUCGUCGCAGCACAUUCGGCUCCCGUCUCCGUUUUGCACUCCGCAACACCAAGGUCGAAUGGUACCCCAUCCCCGUGGGUCUAGGCAUUGGCCUGCUCGGGUUACUGCAGUUCUACAAGGCACAGCGUGUUGAAAGGGAGCGAGCUGAACGGGAGGCAGCUGGAGAGCCCUAUGACUUCCAGAACGCCCCUCCCCGUCCCAAACACCGACUCAGCGGACCAUGGCAGGUCCAGAUAAUGUCCACCUUGCCACUUAAGGCUAUGUCUCGACUCUGGGGUCGUUUCAACGAAAUCGAACUGCCCUACUACCUUCGCGUUCCCGGCUUUAAACUCUACUCCUGGAUAUUUGGCGUCAACCUCGACGAGGUGGCCGAGCCCGACCUUCAUACCUACCCGAACUUGGCCGCGUUCUUCUACCGUCAACUGAAACCCGGUGUUCGGCCUUUGGAUCCAGAUACUCAUGCUGUCAUCUCACCUGCGGAUGGAAGGAUCCUGCAAUUCGGACUUAUCGAGCGUGGUGAGGUAGAGCAGGUCAAGGGUGUCACUUACAGUUUGGACGCCCUUUUAGGAUCUGCCACGCCGACCCAUGCGGACCACGCCAAGACUUUCGCCGACCACCAGACCGAGCCGAGCCAAAAGAACGAAGCGAAGAUGCUGGCCGAUGAGGAAUUUGCCGAAAUGAAUGGCAUCUCCUACACUCUACCGACUCUCCUUGCUGGCGAACAGGGUGGUGCACGAAAGCGGUCGGCCUCGAUGGAUGCGUCUACCACUUCCAAGGCUGGUGCUGAAGAAGAGGUGAAGGCUGAUUUGGCGCGUGGUGAUGGAACUCCAUGGUACGCCCCUAAGGCGGCCGCCAAUCACGCGCUGUACUACGUCGUUAUUUACCUGGCUCCGGGUGACUACCACCGCUUCCAUUCUCCUGUGCCGUGGGUGGUGGAGAGCCGUCGUCACUUCGCAGGAGAAUUGUUCUCAGUGUCACCAUAUCUCCAGCGCCAUCUCCCGGGAUUGUUCACUCUUAAUGAGCGUGUCGCCCUGCUAGGCCGUUGGCGGUGGGGAUUCUUCAGUUACACGCCCGUUGGAGCAACUAACGUCGGCUCGAUUAAGGUCAACUUUGAUGCGGAACUGCGGACCAACAGCCUGACCACGGAUACCGCUGCCGAUAAGGCCGCAGCAGAGGCCGCAGCGCGCGGCGAGCAGUACCCGGGAUUUGUCGAAGCGACCUACCGUCACGCUAGCCGCACCCUGGGAGGCCAUCCUCUUCAGAGAGGUGAGGAGAUGGGAGGGUUCCAGCUGGGAAGUUCGAUCGUGCUGGUGUUUGAGGCGCCCAUGGGUACGCGCAAGUCGUUCGAUGCCGGUUGGGAAGAGGGCAAACGCGAGGGAGGAUGGAAUUGGACCAUUGAAAAGGGACAGCGGAUCAAAAUGGGUGAGAAGCUUGGUUACGUGGACGUUGAAAACUAGACCACUUUAUUUGUAAUUGAUUCUGUAUUAUACUACAUUUGUUGAAUAGCGAGAUACUUCGUCAGGCCACGGCCUGGGCGAGC